AUGAAUCGCUUGGAAUCGGAUCAAUGUGAUGAUAAUAAUGUUGUGAUUGUUGUUAGUCCACUGGAAUACAUCCGCGUACAACAAGUGGAACGUUUGAAACGAAUAGGAGUUCGUGCAGCGUUUCUUGGCAAUUCGUUAAGUGAAACACAUGGUUUAUGUUCAGAAGGAUUUGCCCAAGUGUUAUACGGAAGUGCUGAACAAUGGCUAUCGGAUAUGUGGGCUAAUAAAUUGAAGCAAGGUUAGGAAACUUUGGGAAACAUUAGGAAACGUUCAAGUGUUGGUAAUAGACGAAGUCCAUACUGUCGAGACAUGGUAGGUCGAAAAUUUCUUUCGAAAUUUUCGAAGAACAAAUUUGUUAUUGCAGGAUGAAUUGGAAAUAAUUGGCCUACUAGGCCUUAUAAAUAGAGGCUCUAUAAAUAGAGCACACUAGGUCCUAGUAUACUGCAAUAUGCACUCAUGUGGAAUUUUCUCCCUUUUGCCAUAUCUCUUUUUAAUAGCAUGAUAUAUAUCACUACAUUCUGCUUAUGCUAUGUAUAACUUACCACCUUCUUGUCUUUUACUAGGGGAACAAGUCGAAAAGGUCAAGCAGCAUUCAGAGAGGCAUUUAGCAGAGUGUCUGAGCUUAGGUCCUUUUUGCCUGGGGGGACACCAGCUCUUGCUCUCACAGCAACUGCUGGUGAAGACAUGAGGAAAAGGCUGGCAAAAUUUAUUGGCUUUCCAGGAGAGCACUUUAGAAUAAUUGUUAGUCCCAACAAGAACAACAUUCGUUUUACUAUUAUUAAGGCUGACAAACAUUUAAACUGUUUAAAUUGGUUGGUAGAAAUGAUUAGAGACAAGAAAGAACACACACCAUUUACGCUAAUUUUUUGCCAGGUUGUCAAUGACAUUGUUUUCAUUAUGAGUUACCUUCUAAUGCAACUUGGCAGUUCAAAUUUUUAUGUCAGAGGGAACACACCUGAACAACAGUCUUCUUUGGUAGGUGUGUAUUACUCUCAAACUCCACAGAGUCUCAAAGACACUGUUACUACAUCAUUUGAAGGAGAUGGAUGUACACGAGUUGCAAUUGCUUCAUCCUCACUAAGUAUGGGUGUUGACUUUCCUAAUGUGAAAUAUGUUAUUCACUUUGGACCAUCUAAGUCAUUAAGUAGUCAGUUACAAGAAGCUGGAAGGGCUGGCCGUGAUGGUUCAGAAGCUUUUAAUAUUAUAAUGUAUCUUCGAAAGCACAUACGAAACUGUGAGAAGCAAGUAAAACAUGCUAUCAAAUCUGGUGAGAAGUCAUGUGUGCGGCAAGCCCUAUUAUCUCAUUUUGAUAAAGAUAUUCAACCUAAUGUGCCUUUGCAUGCAUGCUGCAAUACUUGUCAUAUGAUUUGCAAAUGUCAUGGAGACAUGUGCAAUGUGCCAUUGUUUAAGUUUGACAACGCAUCAAUUGAAGAGGACAUUCAGGUAACACCUAUUCGUACUUUGUCAGAGGAUGACAAAAAAUGUUUAAAAAAUGCACUGGAAGAAUUACAAGGCAGUUUAAGAUCACAAUCACCUGUGGCUGUACUGAACUGUGAUGGUUCACAUUUGUUUGGUCUAGAUACUUACACAAUCCAAACGUAG